UUCCAAUUUUGAUUUGCACCAUCAUAUUCUUGCAGGUGCCCCCAUUACUUUUAGAGUCCUUAAGUAAGAAAAUAGUGGGAUUAAAAGUAUAGCUUAGAGCAACGACUGGGGUGGAGGUAGAGGUAGAGAAAGGGAAGAAUGGCAGCCAAGACAAUGAUGGUGCGUCCUUACGUGUUAUCACCCUCGACACUAAGUCAUGCUCUGCCAUAUUUAUUUGCUGGACUGAGGAAAAAACAGUUGGUAUUUGAGACUCAAAGCAUCAGAUUGGUGAAUAGCAGAGCAAGCAGCAAUGAAUGUAGGAACAAUCUGAGAUUGGAGCAAUAUGGUGGUUUGAGGAGAUUCACUGCUCGAGCCACAAACUUCAACAGUGCUGGCACCUUCGACUCCCCCCUCAUGCAAUCCAUGGAGAACAAAAUCAAGGAACAGCUAAAUGCUGAAUCGGUUAGUGUAAAAGAUGCUAGCGGGGAUGGUCGGCAUGUGAGCAUUGAUGUUAUCUCUUCAUCCUUUGAGGGACAAUCGGCUGUCAAUAGGCAGAGGAUGGUGUACAAAGCCAUAUGGGAGGAACUUCAAACCACAGUGCAUGCAGUUGAUCAGAUGACUACCAAAACCCCAAGUGAAGUUUCUCCUCAGAAGUGAUAUAUAUCAUUCUUUGAAUCUUGAAGAUCAAUAAGAUGCUACGCUCCCUUUGUGGAGUUUCCUUCCUGCAUUUCUUAUGUAACCUUUAAUAAGACCUUUAUUUGUGAAUGUUUUGGAUUUAUCAUCAUUGGCACUAGGCCGCUGGUUAAAAUAGGUGCAGCCAUUUCUGGAUUCUGAUAUUUUGAACUAGUUUUAACGUAGUUACGUAGGAUUUGGUUGUGGAUAAGUCUAACAUCACAGAAAGUAAAGAGCAAAAAGAUUUGCAAUCACUAAA